AUGCCUCCUCGUAGCGCCAGCGUGCGCGGCCGCGAGCGCGUCGCCGCGACCAAGGCGUUUGUGCGCCAGUGGAUGGAACUCAACUGGGCCGACUGUCUGUGGAUGCUGACUGCUGGUGCGGUCGCCAUUGCUGUGUACUACUCGCCGGUGCCGCUGACGCGCACGUUCCCCGUCACGUUCAACGGCAGCGGCGACGUCGUGUAUCCCGACUGGGCGUUUCCGUAUCGCGGGGGCUGGAUCAUCCCCGCGUGGGCGUCUGGGCUGGCGUCUAUCGGAGGGCCCAUCGCCGUCUACAUCCUGGCGCAGGCUUGGAUCCGGUCCGCGUGGGACGCGAGCGCCGCCGUCAUGGGCACGGCCUGGGCCGUCAUCCUCGGCUCGCUGUUCCAGGUCAUACUCAAACAGCUCUGUGGCGGGUUUCGACCCUAUUUCCUCGACGUCUGCCAGCCCGACUUGUCGUCGGCUUUCAAGCACAACCACACGGGGCUCAACGCCGUCGGCUUCCAGCGCAUCAUGUACACGAUCGAGGUGUGCACGCAGCCCGACGCCCAGAAGCUCAAGACGGCAAUCACGGCGUUCCCCAGCGGCCACUCGACGGCGGCCUUUGCUGGCUUCGGUUUCCUCUUCCUCUGGCUGAACGCGAAGCUCAAGGUCUGGGCGGACCACCGCCCGGCGUUUUUCAAGCUGCUGCUCACGAUACUGCCUAUCUUGCUGGCAUGCCUGAUUGCCUGCUCGCUCACCAUUGACGCGGCGCACAAUUGGUGGGACAUUGUUGCCGGGUCCUUGAUCGGGGCCAUCAUGGCGCUCGCGUCGUACCGCGCGACGUACGCCGCCGUCUGGGACUGGCGGUUCAACCACGUUCCCCUCGUGACGGGCGAGGCGUUUCCGUACGACGGCGAGGUGGAUCACGCAGCCGGCACGUGGACGCGGAGCGCGGGCUGGGGGAGGAAAAGGGAGUGGCUACCGGAGACAUCGAGCAACGCAGUGGCCGACAAUGGCCAGGCGGCACAGGUGGCGAGCGAAGAAGCUGUGUGA